AUAAAAAGAAAAUAAAUAAAUAAAAGAAAAGGGCACACCAGACAGUGAGUGCUGCUGGGGAAAAAGGGAGAAGAAAGAAGAAGAAAAAGACUGCACUGUUUGAGUGUGAGUGUGAGUGUAAGGAAAGAAAAUUUUGGGGUUUUUCUAGGGAGAGAUUUAAGAAUUGUUGUAUUCAAAAUUAGUGAAGAUCACAGGUGUGAGCCAUAAAUAAUAUCGGUCAUCUGAAACACUAAGAAACUUGGGGGAGCUCAAAAGUUUGCAAUCAUGUUUCCCACUAGAGACAUGCCUUCACCAUCAUCAUUGUUCUCGGCCUAUGCCUCCAUGGCCGCCUCAAUGAUGCUUGUACGUUCAAUGGCCAACGAACUCAUUCCCCACCCAAUUCGUGGCUAUCUCCUCUCCACUCUGCGCUACUAUUUCAAGCCUCGCUCUCCUCAGCUCACCCUAGUUAUCGAAGAAAACUGUGGUAUGUCCCGCAACCAAGUCUUCGAUGCUGCAGAAAUUUACUUGUGCACCAAGAUUAGCCCCAACACCGAAAGGCUCAAGAUCAGCAAAAGCCCAAAGGAGAAAAAUUUAACAAUUCGUCUUGAGAAGGGAGAGAAGAUAGUCGAUUUCCACGAAGGGAUUGAGCUUAAGUGGAGAUUUGUCUGUGAUGAAACAGAGAAGAACAACCCCAAUGGUCAUAACAAUGGUCAAAGAUCAGAAAAGCGAUACUUUGAGCUAACUUUCCACAAGAAACACAAAGACACGAUCGUGAGCUCUUAUAUACAGUUUGUUCUUGAGAGAGCCAAGGCCAUCAAAGAUGAAGAAAGGGUUUUGAAGAUGCACACGCUUAACACUUCCUACAGUUACAAUGGUGUCAAGUGGGAGUCCAUAAAUCUUGAACACCCAGCUACGUUUGAGACAUUGGCUAUGGACCCAGAACUGAGAAACGCUGUUAUAGAGGAUCUGGAUAGGUUUGUGAAGAGGAAGGAUUUCUAUAAGAGAGUUGGGAGGGCAUGGAAACGUGGUUACUUGCUGUAUGGACCACCAGGCACUGGAAAAUCGAGCUUGAUUGCAGCCAUGGCUAACCAUUUGAAGUUUGACGUGUAUGAUUUGCAACUUGCAAAUAUAUUACGUGAUUCGGACCUCAGAAGAUUGUUGCUGGCUACUGCAAAUCGAUCAAUACUGGUGAUUGAAGACAUUGAUUGCAGUGUGGAUCUUCCAGAUCGCCGCCAUGGAGAUGGACGUAAGCAACAUGACGCACAGUAUGUGCAGUUGACACUAUCUGGACUGCUAAACUUCAUAGACGGCUUAUGGUCUAGUUGUGGAGACGAGAGAAUUAUUGUAUUCACCACCAACCACAAGGACAGGUUAGACCCUGCCCUGUUGCGUCCUGGACGCAUGGACAUGCACAUUAACAUGUCCUAUUGCAACUCCCACGGAUUCAAGCAAUUGGCCUCAACUUACUUGGGAAUCCGUGGCCACCACCACCUCUUUGGAGAGAUUGAAGGCUUAAUGGGAGAGACACAGGUAACUCCAGCACAAAUUGCUGAAGAGUUGAUGAGAAGCGAGGAUGCUGAUGUUGCACUCCAAGGAGUUAUUAAGCUCCUUAAGCGUAAGAAAAUGGAAGGCGAUGAAGUUGAAGAUGUUGCUGAUCAGAACAAGGCUGCAAUUCAAAAGGCAAAAAGGCAGAAAUUGGGAAACAAACCAAGAAGAUCUGGGAGGAACAUUGUAGCAAAGAGCAACAGAAGAAUUAGAAAAUUCUUGUAAUCAGGAAGAAGCUGAUUGUCUUAUGUCAUUGUAAAAUUAUCACUAAUGCUUAGACUUGUGAGUAAUUCUACUACUCUUCUCGAUCAGGCCGGUUCAAUAGAUUUUGAGAUGUAAGGCCAUGAAUUUUAGUGGUUUUUUAUCAUAUUUAAAUAUCAAUUAAUUGUUUUUUUU